UGGCCCUCACCCACCCUCCUUAAAAAGAAUAGGGUAGCACAACCCCAUGAUGCUCGGUCAUUGCACACCUACAUAUAGGAUACUAAGGAAAUUCAACUAACAAGAAUUGAAAUACUUCAUGCGAAAUCCCCAUGUUCCGCGGUACAAGUAUAAUGGAGCUCACACCCAGUGCAACCUCACGCAAUAGAAUGGGAGAUAUAUGAAUCAUUCCUUGAACCGGACCUCAGUUAUUGUUUUAAUGUGGUUCUAAUUUUCGCUCACGCAUUCGUUCAUUACUGGUUGCUGGAGAAGACGUACCUCAUGACCUACCUAACUGACCAAUCCUGUCACGUCUUAUUUAUGCAUUUUACCAUACUGCACUAGCAAGCUUGCGUCCGUUCGGAAUGAUUCGUCGGGGGCGUGACGAGAAACCAGUUCUCUUCUUCUUGUUGCUACUACUAGCCGUGUCAUUGUCACCGGCGCUCCACGUCGCCGGAGAAUCACCACCGGCAGCGAGAGCAGGAGCAGGAGGAGGGGAGUCGACGACGGCAUGCGGCAGUAGCAGCUACAACUACCUCGGCGCACUGCUGCGGCUGAUGAUCCCGUGCAAGGCGGCGGUGGCGCCCUUCAGCCCGGCGCCGCCCACCGACGAGUGCUGCCGGGCGGUGCGCGAGCUGGGGCGGCCCUGCCUCUGCCUGCUCCUCGCCGGCCCGCCCAUCUCCGGCGCCGACCGCCGCAUGCUCGCCCGCCUCCCCUCCAUUUGCGCCGCCGCCGACGACAGCGACCCGCGUCAAGAUCUAGGCUCGUGCACCGCUACGUAGCAUGCUUCUGCUUCGCUUUGUGACGCAUAUUCCUACUGGGCUACGGGACAGGAAGGCAUUGACACGCAACUCGAAAGCUAAUCUGACCCGAGCACCACUCGGCGUCUCCUUUUUGUGACGUCCGCCUCCUGCUUGCUCCACCUUCGUUUGCUUUGUAUCUGCAAAAGAUCAGUUAACUAUUGUACUAUCAUGUUGGUGAUGCAACUGCGCAUUGCAACAAAGAGGCUUGUUUCA